AUAUGUUAUUGGAGAUGGAGCAGCAUUCGGGCCUGAUAUCCCUGAAUAUGUCGCCGUUUCAUCUGAGCCCGCAGGGUAGUCCCCAGGGUGCGGCAGGCGCCGGUCAGCAGCAACAGCAGGCCCAGCAACAACAACAACAACAACAGCAGCAGCAACAACAACAACAACAGCAACAACAACAACAACAACCUCAUUACGGUUCCUCGCCCUAUGGGAAUUGCGCCCAGAGCCCACCCGCGACAAUGUGUCACCAAUCUCAGUCCCAGCAACAGCAACAGCAGCCGCAACAGCAGCAACAGUUGUCGGUUCACGGUCAGGCGCACACGCAGGGCGGUAUUUCGAGUUUCGACGCCGCCUUCUUCGACUCCACCGCCCUGGAGGAACGAUGCCCCAUGUGCGGCGACAAAAUGUCCGGCUAUCAGUACGGUUUGCUCACGUGCGAGUCAUGCAAAGGUUUUUUCAAACGCAACAGUUCGCCGUGCAGUAGCAAAAAGGUGUACACGUGUCUGUUCUCACCGACGGGCGGUGGGGGCGGGGGAGGAGGAGGAGGCGGCGGCGGCGGCGGCGGCGGUGGAGGCGGUGGAAACGGUAACAACGGCGGGAACGGCGGAUGUGGCGCAUCUUCUGCACUGGAUAUCGGAUCUUGCAGCACUAAGAAGGUGUACACGUGUCUGUUCUCGCCAACAGGGGCCGGAGGCGGUAACGGGGGCAACGGAGGCAGCAACGGGGCAGCUAACGGCGCGGGGGGUGGCUGCGGUACCUCGACGGCCCUCGAGACCGGCGGCGGCGGUUACAACGGCGGGGUUGCAGGCGGCGGGGGCGGCGGCGGCGCGGGCGCCGCUGGCGGAAGUGGGCCCACCGCAGGAAACGCCGCUGCUGGCGGCGGCGGUAGCGGUAGCGGCACCGGGGGCGGCGGCAGCGGAUCCGCUACGGUUGGCGUUGGUGUCGUGACCGGCUCGAUACCCUGCCCGUCCGACUUCCCCGACACCAAGGACAUCAUCAUCGAGGAGCUGUGCCCGGUGUGCGGCGACAAGGUCUCCGGUUACCACUACGGGCUCCUCACCUGCGAAUCCUGCAAGGGUUUCUUUAAACGGACCGUCCAGAACAAGAAGGUCUACACGUGCGUCGCAGAGAGGUCCUGUCACAUCGACAAGACGCAACGGAAGCGGUGUCCGUUCUGCCGUUUCCAAAAGUGCCUCGAGGUCGGCAUGAAGCUUGAGGGUGAGUUUUCUUUUUAUCCUCGAUUGUAUACAUAUAUUUAUAUAUUAUUUGAUUAUCCCGAAAGUUUCUUUCGCGAGUUGCACUCGAUUAUUUUAUGUGUAUUUCGUGUUUAUGUAAAUAGGUAAUCUAAUUUCAUAGAUAUUCAUGUUGUAACAGUAAUGGAGCAAAAUGAAUCGCGCAAAAUUCACUAAUGUAACAUAAAA